UUUAAUUGAUGUUAUUUGAUCGAUCAUCGAUGUUCAUCAUUCCGUUUGUAAUCUGAAAAAUAUAUAGAUUAACAAAAAAGGAAAAAGGAAAACUAUAUCUUUACUAGACAAAAUAGUUAAGUAAACAGAAAAUGAAUAUUGAAGUCGAUACACAGGAUAAAAAGAGGCACAACAGUUUUACGAGUCCGAGCAACAUUAAAAGACUUCCUGUAACUAAAAGAGUUGGUAGAGAAAGGAGCCAUAGCUACAAUUCACCGGCUCCAUUAAGGAAACCGACAGCAUCUCGUUUGGAGGUUCCUAAGAUGUCUUUUAGAGUGGUUCGUAGUUCAAAAUUCCGCCACGUUUACGGGCAGGCCCUGAAAAGGGAACAGUGUUAUGAUAACAUAAGAGUGUCGAAAAGUUCAUGGGACUCUACGUUUUGUGCCGUGAACCCGAAGUUUUUGGCGAUUAUUGUCGAGUCCGCGGGAGGCGGUGCCUUCAUAGUCUUACCACACAAUAAGGUCGGGCGAAUCCCAGCGGAUCACCCGCUGGUGGGCGGUCACAAAGGCCCAGUGCUGGACAUCGCGUGGUGUCCUCACAACGACAAUGUUAUCGCCAGCGGCUCGGAGGACUGCGUUGUUAAGGUGUGGCAGAUCCCUGACGGCGGUCUAUCCAGGACCCUGACGGAUCCAGUGGUGGACCUGGUGUUCCACCAGCGGAGGGUGGGGCUGGUGCUGUGGCAUCCCACCGCACAGAACGUGUUGCUGACCGCGGGAUCUGAUAACCAGAUUGCGAUAUGGAACGUGGGUACAGGCGAGGUGCUCAUCACUCUGGACUGCCACCCCGACCUCAUCUACUCGGCCUGUUGGAACUGGACCGGCUCCAAGCUGCUCACCACCUGCAGGGACAAGAAGAUCAGGAUCAUCGACCCGCGUAAAGGCGAGGUGGAAUCGGAAGCGAUCGCGCACGAAGGCAGUAAGGCGUCCAGAGCUAUCUUCCUCAAGCACGGCUUGGUCUUCACCACCGGGUUCAGCCGCAUGUCGGAGCGGCAGUACUCGCUGCGCACGCCGGACGCGCUGGGGGAGCCCAUCGUCACGGUGGAGAUCGACACCAGCAACGGCGUCAUGUUCCCGCUCUACGACCCCGACACCAACAUGAUCUACCUCUGCGGGAAGGGGGACUCCGUCAUCCGCUACUUCGAGGUUACUCCUGAGCCGCCAUUUGUGCACUACAUCAACACCUUCCAAACGCCGGAUCCGCAAAGAGGUAUCGGUAUGAUGCCGAAACGUGGCUGUGACGUGGCCACGUGUGAGAUCUCCAAGUUCUACCGGUUGAACAACUCAGGUCUUUGUCAGGUGGUGUCGAUGACGGUGCCGCGCAAGUCGGAGCUGUUCCAGGAGGACCUGUACCCCGACACGCUGAGCGACGAGGCCAGCCUGGCCGCCGACGCCUGGCUGGCGGGCGCCGACGCCGAGCCCUGCACCAUGUCCCUCAAGGAGCGUGCGCUUGUUGUCCAGGGCGGCUACGUGUCGGGGCGCGCGGCGCAGCAGCUGCACGUCAGCAAGAAGACCAACGCGCUCGCCGCCGCGCGCGAGCGAGAGCGAGACAAGGAUAGCUCUCCCACCCCCGCCUCCGCCUCCGCCUCCGCCACGCCCCCGCCCGUCAGCGCCGCCGUGGAAAAACAACUAUCAGACCUAGUCGACGAGAUCCGCAAACUGAAAUCCGUAAUCGUGAAACAAGAGAACCGUAUAAGGGCUCUGGAGGCGACGGUUAAGGGAGCCCUGGCGGCGCCCGAGCCCCGCGCUCCUCCCGCCCCCGCCCCCUCCACCUCCCCCUCCGACCCCGACACCAACCACGACGAUGGCAUGGCGCCCGACGAAGUUUGACUCACGUGAGCUUUGUAUUUUUAAUCUGUUUAUUGUUCAGCUAUUGUCGGUGAAUAUUAUAUGUGUCGAGUUACUUUCAGCUGUGCUUAGUUCGAGUUUCAAAUCUCUGAUUCGAAAAACAUAUACCUACAUAUAAAAAAAACAAACUUUUUUUUUUAAAGCGAUCAUGUCGAAAAAAAAAAACACUUUUUUGUAAGCUAUCGACAGUAUAACAUGCCCCACAGCUGGGCAAAAAAUCUUUAUCAAGACAAUAAAUUUUAAUUACUAGUUUUUUUUUUCCGUCUAUCUAUUUGACAAUCAAAUACUUUAUAUCGUCACUCUGUCAUCACUGUCAUACAAAUUUUAUGUCAUUCGUUUUUGACAUUUAGAAAAAAGUAUCUGAUUUGACUUGAACCUCAAAUUAAGCACUCUAGACAUUAUGUACAAAAUCAUAGGCGUCUUUAACAAUAAACAUGAUAACUAUGAAUAUUAAUAGGGUACGUCUGUUAUUUUCAUAGGAAAAGGAUUUUCCAUGUACUUUUAUAUCAACCAGAUAUAAAAGUCUAUGGAAAAUCCUUUUUUUUUUUUUUUACGAAAUUUUAUGGCUAUGAAAACUCAAAAACGGUCACCUACCCUAUAAAUAACACAAAUAAAAAAAUAUCAAAUGCAAUUUUUUAAAAUAAUUUUGUCGUCAAAAUUAUUCGAUUUCGUAAGAUUUUAGAGAGAUUUACACUAUUAUUAUAAUAUUUAUAGUCUUUGGUAAUAGUCAAUUUACUAAAUAAUUUGAAAUAAAAAUGUGUUACGAUGAAAAAUACAAAGAAUUUCUUGUAUUUUUCCUUUAUUUUUCACAGUGUUAAGGAAACGACGCAAGAGAAAUUAUAUCUUUAUGAGGACUAUCCUUUUGUAUUAUAUCUUUAUGUAAGCUUGUUAUAGUGUGAUUAUAUAGAGCAGUCACAAACUUUUGUCAUGUUUUCAUGUGAAUUGUAUGAGGAAAAAUAUCAAAUGGGAACGACGGAAUAACAUUACAUUAUUUACAAUUUAUAUAAACACAAAACAAAUUUUCAACCUCAUGGCCAGUUCAAAUAUACAUAUAUAAAUGUUUCGGUGUCCUGUUGUUCGUUUAUUUAUUUAAUUAGUCGUGUAAAUAGUAAGUUUUAUAAGUGAUACGCAGAUACGUUUUGUGCCUUAUAUACAAUAUUAAUGUUGUUAUUGACGUCAGUCACAAUAUUAUCUAAUUACGCAAGAUUUAAUAAUAUACGCAUAGAAAGUUUUAAAUAAAAAAUGUUUUUUACAACUGUUGUACUAACUCUGUAUGGUAUAUUUAAUCAUUAACAUCGAAACGAUUGGUGUAUAUUUUGUGCAUUUAGUGUUUGUAUAUUGACCUCAAAUAUAUUGAUUACGUCGAGGUUACAAGAGGUUGUCGUUUGGGACCGAACUCCACACAUCAAUAAUUAAAUGUGUCUUUGUAAACACAAGCUGUGAAUUCGUAAAUCACUAGAACUUCAAAGUAAAGCAUGAGCCAUGUCACCGCUACAUAAUUUAUAUCAGUUGUCGAGCUCCCAGCGCGUAGCAGAGCGUAAAUAAAUAAAUAUAUAAGGACAAAUCACAAAUCGCGCGCAUCUAGUGUCACCAGCGUAAUUAUUUAUUGAUAGUCGAGUGAGCGGACACGCGGUGUGUUGAAAUAGAUCGCAAUCUACGAUAUACGGAUAAACGAAUAGACUAAAUGGAUUUACUAUGUACAGUACAGAUUAAAAAUUAUUUGCCAUUUUGUUUAUUUUAUACGCGGAAUUAAUAUGAUAUAUCGUGAUUCAACUGUUUACUUGGAAUCAUUGCUAAUGUUGCACAAUUUUUAUGGUUGACUUAGUAUAUAUGUGUGAAAGAAGUGGUUGGAAACAAAGAGGGGAGGCUUUUGCCCAACAGUGGGACCUGAGAGCUACAAAAUAAAUAUUAGUAUAUAUGAUACACCCAAAAAUAAUAAUUAUAUUGAAUAGCAUGUUUAUGUGUCCCACUGCUGGGCGAAUUUCUCCCAAUUUGUCUUCCAUUGGAAUUCUUUCUUUUGCUGUCGGCCACAUUGAAACAUUUCUAGGUCGUCUCGCCAGCUUGUUCGAGGUCAUUGUGUGAUAAUGAUUUUUAUUAACCUAUACCGUCCCACUGCUGGGAUAUACCGUCUAUAUACCGUCUCCCAACUUCUAAGCCAGUCAAUCCGACGUCAAAUCCAACCCUUCCUUAAAGCUUCUGACAUAUAAAAAGAUAUAUAUUCUUAUUGAAUGGAUUUGUUAUACACGUCACACAUGCUUUGAAUUGAUUCAGCCGAACUGUAAAGGUCUCGAUAGAGCUAGGUUAAGAGCACUGUCCCGGAUACACAGGGGCGCGGGUUCAAUUCCCGCUCGAUUCCAGAUUUUUUUUUCAUCUCAUUAGUAUUUUCGAAAAGAUAUUCUUAUAACUGAUACGGCUGCAUUAACUACAUAUUAAUAUAUGUCUUGUUACCUGUGACCCACAAAAAAGGUUAUUCUAUGUCAUUUCGCUCCGCGUUUUCGCUCAAACGGGGUUAUUAGUUAAGUUAAGUCUAAGUUUAAACAUCUUGGUGCUUAUUCAAUCGACGGUACUUUAAAUCGCUACGUUUUACAGGAUGAUCAAUAAAUCACUUGACAUAUAACGGUAAGUUGUUGAAUGGCGAAACGCUCUAACAAUCCUUUAGUCUAUCGAACAAACUAUAUAUAAAUAACUUUCAAGAAAAUUACAUUUUAAAAUUA